UAGCAAAAUCCUCGGCAAGACUCGUCACACAAUUUUAACAACAAAGAAACAACGCGAAUGAUUCGAUUUGAAAGUGAAACGUUAAAGUCUCUUGUCGUGGAAAAAUUACUUUCACUUUCAUUUUUUUGCGGGACAACAGCGUAUGGACAAAACACUUAUUUCCAUAGAAACUGCGUUUAUUUUUAGUGGAAAAGUGUUGAUAAUGACGGCCUCUAUUUUGAUCACAUUGUGUGCUUUCUUCGUGGCUGGUGUGUCUGGUGUUUAUAUAGAUGGAGUGUCAGUGUCAGUGAAUGAGGGAGAGUCAGUCACUCUACACACUGAUGUUACAACAGACCAACAAGAAAAGAUUUCCUGGUAUUUUAAUGACAUUAAACUUGCUGAAAUCACGGGAGAUCUCAGUAAGAUCUGUACAGAUGUUCUGUGUGAUGGGAGAUUCAGAAACAGACUGAAACUGGAUAAUAAAGAUGGAUCUCUGACCAUCAAAGACAACAGACCCACAGACACUGGAGUUUAUAAACUAAAGAUCACGAAAAACAGCAGAGACCUUGAAAAGAUCUUCAUUGUUUUUGUUCAUAGUUUUUUCAGUACUAAUACAGAAGAAGAGUCAGCAUUUGUGAUGGAGGGAGAUUCAGUCACUCUAUACACCGAUGUUAAAACAAACCAACAAGAGAAGAUUAGAUGGUAUUUUAAUGACACUCGUAUCGCUCAAAUCAGUGGAGAUCUCAGUGAUAUCUGUACAGAUGUUCAGUGUAAUAAUGAAGGUACUGAGAGAUUCAGAGACAGACUGAAGCUGGAUCAUCAGACUGGAUCUCUGACCAUCAUGAACAUCAGAGACCCGGCUUCAGGACUUUAUCGUCUACGUAUCAGCAGCAGCAACACCAAGACUGAAAAGAUCUUCAUUGUUGCUGUAUAUGAUGUUCCUGCAGCUGAACAAGAUAAAAUAAAGAGAAAGUCAGUGAAGGAGGGAGAAUCUGUCACUUUAGAUCCUGAAGUUAAAAACCUGAAUUAUUUGAUGACGUGGUAUUUUAAUGACACUCCCAUCGCUGAAAUCACUGGAGAUCCAAAUAAAACCUGCACAGAUGGUCAGUGUGAAGAUCCUGAUGGACGAUUCAGAAACAGACUGACGCUGGAUCAUCAGACUGGAUCUCUGACCAUCACGAACAUCACAAUCACAGACUCUGGAGAUUAUAAACUACAGAUGAACCGCAGCAGAAUCAGUAUCAUAAGGAGCUUCAGUGUUACUGUCACUGCUGUUCCAGAUUCAGGAGUGUCUUCAGCUGCUAAAGGAGGAAUAUAUGCUGUGGUUGUUGUUGUUGUUGUUCUGUUGUUUACGGCUGCAGCAGUUGCUGCUGGGAUUUACUAUCGCCACAGGAAAUCUACACAAGCAGGUCGAAAUGGCAUCAUUAGGCUGCACAGUUACAAUGAGGAGAAUGGUGUACAACACUCAGCUCCCUUAUCAGAAUGGGGUUUAACUGAUGACUGCUGAUAAUGGGACAUCACAGUAGCAGUAAUUCAUAUUUGGGUAACUUAGAUGGGAAAUUAAAGAGGAGUGGAAAAAUACAAGCUUGAACUGUCAGUAUUUACAGAGAAGUGGUUCUACUCUGUACCAGUUCUGAUGUUUGAUGGCUUGUAUUAAAUGUUUUAUAUAUGUAUAAUAUUUCAUUAUUCCUUCUAUUUUUUUGUUUCAACAUAUGUUGUAUUUUUUUUUUUUUACCGCCAAGUUUUUGCAGUCACUUUCUUUGUUCAGUUCUGUUACCUUAAGGUAAAGCUCACUACUUUAUUACUGUACAUUAUCUGUCCAUUAUAUAAAUUUCCAUUUGAAAAUUAAAAGUUGUGUUGGAUAAGUGCUUGUUAAAGGAAUCAGUGUAAAUAUAGAUGUUUGUUUUGUCAGUCUCCUUCAGUUAUGUUUACAAAACAUGAACUAUGUCUGUUGUAUUUGUUCUUUUUUGUUUGUUUGUUUUUUGUAUGUGUUUGUUUGAAUUUUAUAAUAUAAUCACUGUGUGAUUGAAAUAAUCACCUUCCCUUAAAUCUUCUGCAUGCUCAGUCUGGACUCUAUCACCUCAUUCCAGGAGAGGAAAAGGAACAGCAAAUAAGUAUGUUUGACCCCUGUUAUAAACACCAUCUGUUUGCUGAACAAUGGUAGACUUCUAAUUGUAUAAACUUUCGUUCUUUCUCAGGUUUAUCCUGUUUGAUGUGGAUUAUGAUAUCUGUUCCCAGAUUUUUUGUAUUAUCCAAGGAAAACAACAUAUAUUCCCAUAUAACAACUGUUUUAUCAUGGAAAUUAAUGUGAAUGAUGCUUGUUUGCACAUAUGACACAUGCUAUUAAAUAUACUGUAACUGA